UCAAAUUAGUGUAUGUAAAACACACUGGCUAUUAAACAGAUUCAAGCCCCGUGGCCGACGAGGGUCUUUCCGUGUGGGGUUUGCAUGUUCUCCCCGUGUCCGCGUGGGUUUCCUCCGGGUGCUCCGGUUUCCCCCACAGUCCAAAGACAUGCAGGUUAGGUUAACUGGUGACUCUAAACUGACCGUAGGUGUGAAUGUGAGUGUGAAUGGUUGUUUGUCUCUGUAUCAGCCCUGUAAUGACCUGGCGACUUGUCCAGGGUGUACCCCGCCUUUCGCCCGUAGUCAGCUGGGAUAGGCUCCAGCUUGCCUGCGACCCUGUAGAACAGGAUAAGCGGCUACAGAUAAUGGAUGGAACCAAAGGGGUGGAUCCUAAAACCUGCUCCAGCAUGACAAUGCUCCUGUGCAUAAAGCGUGCUCCAUGAAGACUUGGAGUGGAAGAACUCCACUACACAGAGUCCUGACCUCAACCCUACUUGAACACCUUUUGGGAUGAAUUUGAACGCCGGCUGAACCCCAGGCCCUCCGUGCUCAACGUCAGUGCCUGAUCUCACUAAUGCUCUUGUAGCUGAAUGAUUACAAAUCUUUCCAGCCACGCCCUAAAAUCUAGUGAAAGCCUUCACUAGAGGAGUGGAGGUUAUUAGCUAUAUCAGAAAAAGGGGACUAAGUCAGGAACGGGACGUUCAGUGGGUACUUGGUAGGGUCUGAUGGUUAGGAGUCCACAAACUUUUGGCUUGAGUGUGUGAGUGAUGAUUGUUGAAAUCUUAAACCAGUCUGUGUAUGUGUAUAUGUUUUAACUUUCUUUAACACAGAAAUAAAUGUGCUCCGAGAGAGCCUGAGAAGAAUCCCAAACUGAACACUAUGUAGGCUUAGUAGUAUUUAUCCUUGUUCACUAUUUAGUGUACGGAUUGGGACGUAGCCUAGAGAGGCCAUGCGUACUGGUUAUUUUUACCUCAAGGUCAGAGAGUUUGAAGCAGGCUAUGUCGUCACGGUGACGUCUUUCUCAUCGCCCCGCCCCCUUGUCGGGCUGCAAUAAUGGGGUUUCGCACAAGGAGGCGCAAAUCUAUCUCUCUCCACUCCUCUCCUCUCUUCUUGUCAUCCUGAUGGCACCGCAUUCCUUUUAGCUCUCUCCUCUCCUCUCCUCUCCUCCAGCUCAGCUUCGAGUCCUUUUCUGCCCAGUCUCCUCCACUCGUUUUGAUUUUGGGGAUUGUUUUUUUCCCCUCCUGUAGAGUCACAGACACUAGUUGACGACGGUCGGCUUUAGUCGGCGUGUCGGAGGUGCAUCGGCAGGAGUGGAGAAGACGUGAUUACGGGUUUAAACGCACGACAGUACGGUACCCUUGGUCAAUGUGAACACGCACACUGAAGCCCUACUGACGAAACAGGAUCACUAAAGGACAUACAAACAGAUACUAAAAACAACCCUCUCUAACAGACAAUAAAGAGGCGUGGGCCGACCUAAAUGGCUGACAAACAGAUCAGUUUGCCUGCCAAGUUAAUAAAUGGGGGUAUCGCUGGCCUGAUUGGCGUCACCUGUGUAUUUCCUAUUGACUUGGCCAAAACCCGCUUACAGAACCAGCAGAAUGGCUCUCGCCUCUACACCAGCAUGUCAGAUUGCCUUAUCAAAACCAUUCGCUCAGAAGGAUACUUUGGGAUGUACAGAGGUGCUGCUGUAAACUUAACUCUUGUUACUCCGGAGAAAGCCAUAAAGCUGGCUGCCAAUGAUUUCUUUAGGCAUCAUCUCUCCAAGGACGGGCAAAAGCUCACACUGUUUAGAGAAAUGCUGGCAGGCUGUGGUGCAGGUACAUGUCAGGUCAUUGUUACAACACCUAUGGAGAUGCUGAAAAUCCAGCUGCAAGAUGCAGGAAGACUUGCUGCUCAGAGAAAACUGAUGCCACAAGCCGUGUCUCCUGGUGGCCCUGUUGAGGUGAAGAGUCCGACUGCCGUGCAGCUCACACGAGAGCUGCUGAGAGAAAAAGGCAUUGCUGGACUCUAUAAAGGGCUAGGAGCUACUCUGCUCAGGGAUGUUCCUUUCUCCAUCAUCUACUUUCCUCUGUUUGCUAAUCUGAAUAAUUUGGGGAAAAAGACAGAGGAGGGUCCUGCUCCCUUCUACGUCUCCUUCAUAUCGGGUUGUAUCGCUGGCAGUACAGCUGCUGUGGCAGUCAACCCUGUAGAUGUGAUAAAAACCAGGCUGCAGUCACUAACACGUGGCAGUCAGGAGGACACGUACAGUGGCGUGACUGACUGCAUCAGAAAGAUUCUGCGGAAUGAAGGUCCUACUGCCUUCCUGAAAGGCGCGUACUGCCGUGCUCUCGUCAUCGCCCCACUCUUCGGGAUCGCUCAGGUCGUCUACUUCCUGGGCGUUGGUGAAUUUAUCCUCAGCUUUUUACCCAAGCGGAACAAUUAACCAAUCCGUUUUGCUUUCUGCCUUCCCAUCUACACUGCACCAGUUAAGACCUCUUCCCACCCACCUCCAUCUACAUGUACCGUAUUGGCUGGAGGUGUUUUUAUUUUUUGUCUCUUAAUUUUGUUUUUGUGUAAUUUUAUCGGAAUGUACGUGUCAUUCUGGAUGAAUGUGACAAUCAAAUAGUGAUGAGAGGAUUUAUUUAUUUUUUUUGCCAAAUUCCCUGAGGGGGGCUGUUAGUCCUCAGCUGAAGCACAGGCCAUGAAAUGUUUAGUUCAGCAUGCCAGAGUUGUAAGUUAUAUAGUUUACGGAGAGUCCUAUGAAAUCUUCAAUCAAAAUAGUGAUCCUGUUUGGGAUUUUAUAAAGUUAAAAAGUGAUUUUAAUUCUUGGGGAAAAGGACACUUGGGUAGAUUAAUUGUUUCCCAAUAUUGUGAUAUGAAUUCUCACAAGCCUAGAAAUUUUUUUUUUUUCAGCCUUGCAUGAUCUCGAGACAUUGUGUGUGUGUGUGUGUGUGUGUGUGUGUGUGUGUGUGUGUGUGUGUGUGUGUGUGAGGUGCAAUAGCUGUUUAGAGUCUCGGACUGACUGCAGGUCUGAGUAAACACGUAUAUACACACACACGGAUGCUGAGCUUUGAGUCUGAUGAAAGCAGCGUAUGCAGUGCCUGACUCAUGUCAGCUAGAGCCAUCUCACACUACGGCUUUCCAUCUGUGGAGAAAUAGUCCAUUAUGCACUACGUCAUGGAGAGUAGUGCUGUUUGAAUGAUCUAAAUGCACACUACAGCUAUGUCAUUAAAAGCUAUAAGUAGCAGUUUCCAGUUUGACUUGUUAGUUGUAAUCCUACUCUGCUUACCAGCUCCCUGUUCCCUGCUGCCUAGAACUAGCCCUUGCGCUAAGAACCAUCACAGAACACGGAAUUAUUCUGUCAUGUAUUCUCAGACAUCUUACAUGUCACAGCACCCAGAUCAGGGCUCAUAAUGGUUUUGAGAAAAUUUGUCUAGCAAUCCUUGUGCUAACGUAAAAAAAAAAAAAAAUUCCCCGAAAGCACAAACAUUGUGUAUGUGUAAUCACAGAUCCUGCUUGGACUGGCAGCAGACUCGCUCUCGUAUGAGCUGGUGUUUAAAGUCUCAUUACAGUUGCUGCUAGUGGGCUUUUGAGUAAAGGAGAAUGCUGGUUAAAAGGCAUUGCAUGCUGAGCCGUCGCUUUUUAUAAACGAGUACCAAUCUGUUCUUUGUAGUGUUUGUUAUUGCUAUAGCGUAAUUGAAUCGCAACAGUACAGGGAGUAUAAUCUAGCGACAUCUUUACCACGCAAACCAGAUAAUUAUCCUCUAUGAGUUGGUACAGACUUGUGGGCAAAAUGUCAAGUAGUGCAAGGAGAAAGAAAUUCUUUGUAGAGAAUAGUUGGGAUACGGAGAUUCCUCAGCUGCAUUCUGGACAAACUGCCAUGCAGAAUUAGCUUUCUCAAAACUGAUAAAUGAUGAAAGCAACUCAAGCGGUUAUAGAUAACCAUAACAAUUGUGCAUUUUGUGAUAAAAGCAAAUAAUUUGGUACACAUAUAGCCAAAACCAUCAAGAAUUUUCAUUUACAAUUGUUCUGCUGGCCAUGUCCGCCAUCUUGAAAUAAACGGUGGUCAUAUUGAAUUGUGAGAUAGAAGGACAUUUCUGGACAAUUCUCAAGUUACAGAUUUGAAUUUUGCGUCAUAAAUAUGUAUGAUUUGACACAGAGCUCAUCCAUAUUGGACUAGUCUAUGCAACUGUAUUGCAGUUACAAUUUUCAUACCAGUCAUGGCCACUAUCUAAAAAAUGGUGGCCAUCUUGAAUUUUCAAUGAUCGAACAAAUCGAAGUCCUUCUCACGGCAUGUGGCGCAUAGGGCGGCACCGAUCUCCGUAGCCCUUGGCCUCUCGCCUAUUACAGAGCUAGGGUUACAGUAGGGGGCUAGUCCUCUGGUAACGACGAGAGUUUGACUCCCCACUCGCAUCUGUAUUGCAGCGUGUCUUGCCAGACGGCAGUAGGUACCAUUUUUAUGAUGGUCUUUGGUAUGACCCGACCAUGAGUAGAACCCGCGAUUGAGAGGCAGACAUGCUAACCACGAGGCCAACUCGCAGUUCUAAUUUUCAAUAACUUGCAUGCGUUAUCCAAAUGGCAGUUCCCAAGAACUUUGCCUAGUAAAUAAAUAUAACUAGCUAGUUUUGGCCGGGCUACUGCCUGAACUGAUAAUUGCAUCACCAGUUUUGCUUUGGCUAAUCAGACACAUGGUACACGAUCACUCUUGCUGGAGCACUUGGGGGUUCGGUGCCUAGCUCAAAGGCACUUCAGCCAUUCCUGCUGGUCCAGGGAAUUGAACUAGCAACCAUUUGGUCCCAAAGCUGCAUCUCUAACUAUUAGGCCAUGGCUUCCCCAAUACAUAACUUUGUCUUCGAUAUUUUAUAUAAUAUAUAUAUAUAUAUAUUAUAUAAAAUAUUGAAGACAUAGUUAUGUAUGAUAAGAAAGUCGAUCUGAAACCAGUUGUCACUGGUGGCCAUUUUGAAAAGUGGCUGCCAUUGGUGACGUAUUGAAAAUUCUUGAUGGCACAAUAUCCAUUUGUUUUUGGAAUGCCUUUAGCUAUAAGCGUACCAAAUUAGAUGCUUUUAACACAAUGUGCGCAACUGAUAUGGAACUUUCAGCUAAGCUGAACCACUCCUCUCGUACAAGGCCAUUUGGAUACAGCAUGUGAUUUUAGAAUGGGUUUUUUAUUUAUUUAUUUUUAAUAGUGAGAGAUUCAUGACAUAAUUAUAUUCAUUAAUGUCGUAUUUUUUUUUCUCCUCAUAUCUCAUUCCUCCUGCUAUGCAUUGUGUGCACAUAGUGAGUUGUGGCCUCGUAUUGGCUAGCAAGAGAUGAAGGUGACUUUGAAGAGUGAUCGCUAAUCAUAUGCUGUCUUUUCAGUGCUGUGUAGUGAAAGGGCAAAAGCACAUGCUGAGUGAUGUUUCAGAAAAUAUUCUGUCUUAUCUGCUGGGAGUGAAAUCAUAUUUAUCAAGAUUCUUUACUAUAUAUAUUUGUAUCAGUUGUUUUAUUGUUGCUUGUCUGUAUUAACUGUUUAAUGAAUAUGUGCAGAUUCUAUUUUUGAUUUUGUUUUUGUUGUAUACAUGAUGGCUUAUUUUGCACAUGCCCCUUCUCCGACUUCCCCUUCCCCUCCUCAUGCUCUCUUUUUAAUGUUUUAAUGGCAUUUGAAUCCAGGAGCAUUAGAUCUGAAAGGCUCCCCCAUGUGAAAUUUACAAGGAAGUCAAUGGUGCAUUUCUCAGUGUCCAGAUGAAGUUCAUCUCAACUCUCCAAACAGAAAGAGUUCUGCUAUAGAGGCUCUGCACUGUCAUGUGACCCCCCCCACCCCCCCUUAGCAACGGUAACUACGCCGCCAUGACAGGGGGCAGCUUGUAGUGCUUCAUUCAGACAAGUUAGUUGUUGUUGAUCAGUAUGGGAAGGUUUUGCUGCGUUUUUGGAUGUGCAAAUCAUUUUGAAUAAAACACAUCAGAUUUUUUAAAUUAACCAAAAGUAAUUCAUCGGGGGGUUACUAAACGUAGGGUUAGAAGGGAAAAAUGGCUCGCAAACAUUUGGUGGGAAUCAGUGUCGAACAGAGAAGUCAAAAAGCCUAUGUUUUGCUUACUUAAUUUCCAUGAAGGUAAGAAUAAAUAAUAAUAAAAAUGGCGGCACGGUGGUGUAGUGGUUAGCGCUGUCGCCUCACAGCAAGAAGGUCCUGGGUUCGAGCCCCGUGGCUGGCGAGGGCCUUUCUGUGCAGAGUUUGCAUGUUCUCCCCGUGUCCGCGUGGGUUUCCUCCGGGUGCUCCGGUUUCCCCCACAGUCCAAAGACAUGCAGGUUAGG